GAAGCUUCAAUCGGAUAUAUUUUGAAGGCUGGCUUAAUUCAAACUAUCCUUUUUUCCCCCCUUAAUUUUCAUUUUGAUUUAUGAACGACUUUUUCAAGUGGAAAGAGAUUGUGCUUUUACCAAGUAGAGUCUGGUUUGUUAGAAAGUAGGAAACGUAUUUGUUCAGUUCCUCUUGGUUUAGCUGGUUAUAUUACAUUUGCUUAUAAAUAAAAUUAGAUUUUAGGUAUGUUUCUGACAUUUUGUGCUGCAAAAUAGUGUCUACUUAGUCAUUUGUUUCUGUAAAUCCAAAAUUGGAGUCGGGACUAAUCACAAAGUACUCCCUCGUGCGCAAAUGCAGUUUGAGAUCCAGCACACCUGGGAUAGCAACCCUGUGAAUCAUGACCCCAUCAGGAUUGUUUUCUCUCCCAGUGAAUGGGGGCUAAAGAUGCAGGUGUUUGGUCCCUUCUUUAAUGACCCAGCAGCUCCUCCAGGGCCCCCCGGCCAGCCUUUCCCUGGACUCUGGGAUUAUGAAGUUGUGGAGUCCUUUUUCCUUGACAGCACUACUGAAAAUUACCUUGAGGUGGAGGUUUGUCCACAUGGACAGCACCUGAUACUACUGCUGUCAGGGGUCGGCCAAGCAUUCCAGCAACAACUGCCCAUGGUGUUUGGUGCCACAAUCACAGAGGGCAGGUGGAUGGGUGAAGCUACAAUCCCCUGGUCAUACUUCCCUCCCAAUGUCAACAAGAUGAACUCUUACGCCAUCCACGGCUCUGGCGAGAUGCGUACAUAUGAGGCUCUCUACCCCAUCCCAAAAGAGGAGCUAGUGGAAGGGCAAAAACCCAACUUCCACCGCCUGGAGUAUUUCCAAAAUUUCCGCCUGCAAAGCAUCAUGGGAGAAGGUUGGGUCCAACCUGAGUCUGAUUUGUGGAAGGGAAAGCCUUGAGCUUUUCAAAAAAACACCCCCUUUUUGUCACACACACACACACACACACACACACACACACACACACACCAUGGCUGCAGGGUUAUAGUACAAACACUCACUGACAGGGAACAAAGGGCAAUCAAUCUUUAUUAGUUAAUGAUGUGAAAUGAUAUGACAAGAAAUAUGUUAUCAGCUUGUCAGAGCGCAUUAGCGUUCACACACAUCCGUGGAAGCACGCAGACACACACGAACACACAUCGCACGCACGAAUCAGGCGGUAUUGGACGUCGCCUGAAAUUGGCUCGGCAGCGUGUGACCUACAGUGGUUACACUGUGCAUGGUGGCAACGAAUGCUCACUUUGACAUUCAGCUCCUGUGUAGCCUGUUCAUUUCAGUUCAGUGAGAUAAACCACAGCAAGUUCUUGAUUAUUUGCCCUGACUGCUAAGACGCACACACACACACACACACACACACACACACACACACUUUUGGGGAGAUUACUUAGCCUUACAAUCAUUUUAGCCUUACAUUUAAGACUUUGGUGACCAAACAGGUUACCACCAAAAUUAUGUAAUAAUUUUUUUAAAUUAAAUUGUUUAAUUAAACUGUUAAAUUAUUGCCAAACUAUGAUCUCUGAUU